ACGGCGCAUUGCGCGCUGGAGCUGGCCCCGGAUGUGUGCGUCGGGAAGCAGGGUAUGUCCUGCACCCCCAUGCGACUUCCGAGCUGCAAGUCUCGCCUUGUUGACCCUCGCCCUUCUUCAGCUGCUAACAUGCCCGAGGCACCCCAGCAUGACGCACAUGUAGUGUGAAUCCGAAUGCUAAAAUAGCAUCCUUGCCGCCCGACGCCAUGUCACUAGUUUGGCAGCAAUCAUGCGCGGUGGCCAGCAAAGCGACAUCUGAGACGAGACUUGAGACGGUUAUCAGGACAACUAAGAGGAACCCAGGGAAGAGGAUCUUGUACAAACAAGUCGACGGACUCCCUUCCCGCCCGGCCAAGACAAAGUCAUUCUAGCGCCCCUACUUGUUACAGUCAUGCUAGUUCCACAUUUGCCACACAUUGCACAUACCUACGAUCCUACCGCAGUUCUCGGACUAGCUACGCGGUGGAAGAACACUGCAUGCAUACCUGUAGCUUCCUGCACGUCAGCCAAGCGACCUUCUUGCGUGUUGCGUCGUCGGCUUUGAAGCCGCCUGAACAAAGGUCGGGAAGGGUUGUUUCGGGUCGUCCUUCAUUUACCACUCUGAAGCACAACUAUGUCCUCUACUCUAGCGAUCAAUCAAUUGUGCUAUCUGCGUGUGCAAUACUCAUCACAUCGUCUUCACACAGUAGCACAGACAAGACCGACUGAGCUUGUACAGUCAAUACCAUG